AUGGCUGAAUUAUACCCCUCGCUAACGCAAUGCGCCAUCGUCGCUGCUGCGUUCAAGGUUCUGCUGUUCCCCGCAUAUAAAUCUACCGAUUUUGAGGUUCAUCGGAACUGGCUCGCCAUAACCCACUCCCUACCUGUUCAGGAAUGGUAUUACGAGAACUCCUCCGAAUGGACACUCGAUUACCCGCCGUUCUUUGCAGCCUCUGAAUGGCUGAUGUCCCAAGCUGCCGCAUAUGUGGACCCUGCAAUGUUGGUGGUGAAGAACCUGGGCUAUGACUCGUGGCAGACCGUGUACUUUCAGAGAGCAACUGUCAUUUUGACGGAAUUCGUUCUUGUAUACGCGCUGAGUCGAUUCGUCAAGUCCGUCCCUUUGCCAAACAGGCUGGCUGCGCAUGUGGCUAGUCUUUCCAUUUUGCUAUCCCCAGGCCUCUUCAUAAUCGACCACAUCCACUUCCAAUACAAUGGGUUCAUGUACGGCGUUUUGAUUCUGUCAAUCGUCUUGGCCCGCAAGCAAUCGACUCUUCUCUACAGUGGGAUCCUGUUCGCAGUCCUGUUGUGCAUGAAACAUAUUUAUCUCUACCUUUCCCUCGCAUACUUCGUCUACCUCCUGCGCGCCUACUGUCUGGAUCCUAGGUCGGUAUUCCGCCCUCGUUUCGGAAACAUUUUCAAGCUUGGAGUGUGUGUGGUUGGUGUGUUCGCGAUUGCCUUUGGUCCCUUUGCGCAAUGGGGUCAGUUGCUGCAACUCAAGGAUAGACUCUUCCCAUUCUCCCGGGGGCUGUGCCAUGCCUAUUGGGCUCCGAAUAUUUGGGCAAUGUACUCGUUCACUGAUCGAGCUCUGAUUCCACUUGCUCCAAGACUGGGACUCCCUGUGAAUACCGACGCCUUGAACAGUGUUACGCGAGGACUUGUGGGAGAUACUUCCUUUGCCAUUCUUCCCGAGGUCACCAAGGAGCAUACCUUCUUGCUAACCUUCUUGUUCCAACUGAUCCCUCUAGUCAAGCUCUGGUUCCGUCCAGACUGGGAUACUUUUGUCGGAGCAAUCACACUCUGUGGCUACGCAUCCUUCCUCUUCGGCUGGCAUGUACACGAGAAGGCCAUUCUCCUAAUCAUCAUCCCCUUCAGCCUCAUCGCACUCAAGGACCGUCGGUACUUCAGCGCCUUCCGGCCUCUGGCAGUGGCGGGACACGUCUCACUCUUCCCAUUGUUAUUCACAGCUGCCGAGUUCCCCCUAAAGACCGUUUACACGGUGCUGUGGUUGGUGCUAUUCCUCUUCGUCUUUGACCAAGUCGCGCCCGUCCCAGAGCGGCCCCGUAUCUUCGUCUUUGAUCGGCUGGCACUACUUUACUUGACCAUCUCCAUCCCUCUGAUUGUGUACUGCUCUCUGGGCCACCAAUUGAUCUUCGGUUGGGACCGACUCGAGUUUCUGCCCUUGAUGUUUAUGAGCAGUUAUUCCGCGCUCGGAGUGGUCGGAAGCUGGGUGGGAUUCAUGGUGGUCUAUUUUACAGCAUAG